UAAGCUCAACGCAAGCGUUAAUCUCAAAUUGAGCGCUGCGUUAACUACAUUACACCUUUCGAGAUUAUUAAUUGAAUACAGAAUGCUGCAGUUGUUAUCCGCCGCCCUUCUCCUCGUCUCCCUAGCUCGCAGUGACGCCGGCAUAUUCUCUUUAACACCCGAAGACUUACAACAAGCCGGCGAUAUUAAUAUCGCCACCAUUGUUCACAAUACACCCUCUGCUGUAACGCACACAUCUUUCGUACGUGUACACAAUCAAUCCUACAACAAGCACGGAAAUCAACAAAUCGCCCAGCCACACCUCGACGAUGGCACCACAGCCGCGCAAGUGGCAGCGGUGAAUCAAAUUCCAACUGUUGCGGUGCAACCAUUGUACACAUCGCAGCAAUUAAGUGGCAUUCCAACAACAACAUUUGUGAAUCAUGUCCCAUCAACAGCACAACUGCUGGAGAGUAGCGGGAGCACAGCGACAGUGAUCACGGCGAAUACAUCGAAAGUCCAAACUCUCUCUCAUACGCCAGCGCAUUUGACCUUCUCGGCACGGCCAGUGGUAUUUCAGACGCUUCCCGAUAUUAAACCAGUGCGAAAAAUUAGUUUCGACGAAUUAGUACCAAGCCCGAGGAAUGUCCAAUAUACACAUUAAGUUGUUCAGUUGUCCUUUAAGGGGAGAGUGAAAAUAGAAAUAUAAGCCAUCCAACACUAACAUGCUCUCUCGAAUUCUCUUUGCCAUGUGUCAAGCCUAUGUUCGCGGAAACUACAAAAUUACUCGUCGAUAAUGCAACGAAGUAGGGAAUUUGAAUUUCUUGGCGCCAAGGCUUUGGUAUUAA